AACCGGAAAACAUGGAGAUUGCGGCGGUGAAGUCCGGCACUAUCGUCAAGUGCAUCAACUCCCUCGAACGGGAGGGACGGUUUUUGUAUUCGCUCAGAGCUUCUCCCUAUAUUGUUCGCUGUUAUGGGGAGGAUAGGAGUGUGGAGAACGGAUUUGAGGUUUAUAACCUUCUUCUCGAGUACGCUACCGGCGGGACUCUCGGCGACUUGCUCAGGUCCCGCGAGGGAGGCUUGCCGGAAUCGGAUGUUGCAUGGUACGCCUAUCAGCUUCUCAAGGGUAUUCAUCACGUUCAUAGCCUAGGGUUCGUCCACUGCGAUAUAAAGCCGGAUAACGUCCUGGUCUUCCUCAGACGCCACGCCAGGAAUUGGAUCAAGCUCUGCGAUUUCGGGCUAGCCAAGACGGCCGGCGGGAGCAACUUUUUCGGCGACAAUCAUCGCGGCGCGUUACGGUACGCGCCGCCGGAAUCUUUGAGAUGGAGACACUACGACGCGCCUAAGGACAUUUGGGCGCUGGGUUGCAUCGUCGUUCAGAUGAUCACCGGAAAACCCGCCUGGGAAUUUAGCUAUAACUGUAACUUAUUAUCAACCGAGGAUAGUGUAUCCCCUUCCGCCCUGGCUUUUCUGAGAAACUGUUUCCAAUGGGACCCACGGCGAAGAUGGACGGCGGAGAUGCUGCUUUCUCACCCGUUUAUAAUCAGAAAUAACCAUUGGUUUGAGAUUGAAGAAAGGGAAGAAGAUGAAGGGCCUCUGAAAAACCCUUUCGGCUCUGAAGAUUGGAAUUCCAGUGAGAAUCUGUUUACAGUAGGGCCGCCAUCAACUUCAUGCUUUGAUACUAUGGAGAGCUAUAGUAUUUGGGAUAACCAUGAUCCUUUGUCUUUUUUUUGGGAAACCCAAAAAAAAAACUCGCAUGAAGUUUAAUUUAGCCUAGGUAUCUCAAUUUUGAAUGAUGAGAAAACUCGCAUAUAUAUACUUCAUGUAUCUCAAUUUCGAAUGAUGAAAAAACUCU